AUGUCCCGAGUGCCCCCCGACGAGGUGCGCCAGCUUGUGGAGGCGCUCAAGCAAAGCACCGAGCUCAAGAAGGCCGGCCGGUGCCGGCGCCGUGCCAAUGGCGUCCCCGGGGUGCCCGACGUGGAGCUCUCGCUGUGGAAGUUUAACGACUGGGACUACUACGAUAAAGCUAAGUGCACCCUCCCGAUAUCGUCUCGAGGGCUUUUUACGCUAAACGACGACAAAAUCAUCAUCAGAGGCUACGAUAAGUUCUUCAACGUCGACGAAACCGAGCGCACCAAAAGGGCUAAACUUGAGCAGUUACCAGGCCCGUUUGAAGUGACAGUUAAAGAAAACGGGUGUAUAAUCUUUAUCGGGGCAUUACCCACUGGUCAGUUGGUGGUGACGCUGAAAAACUCUACUGGUACCGACUUGCCUCCGGAGUCGAAAAACCACGCUAAGGCCGGUUACGAAGCGUUAAAGCGCCAACUCCAAACUGAGGCCAAGUGGGCACAAAUGGGCCACUACUUAUACGCGAAUAACCUCACGGCAGUGGCCGAGUACUGCGACGACGAGUUUGAAGAGCACGUGUUGCCGUACCCUAAAGAACGCGCUGGCUUGUACCUCCACGGGCUCAACCAUAAUACCAUUGCCUUCGCCACCGAGCCCAUGCCCGAAGUGAAGCGGUUUGCCGACGAGUGGGGGUUCCGCUGCAUCGACUGGGAGGUGUUUGAAGACACCACCAGUUUGUUUGAGCACUUGGACAAGUGCGCGGAAACCGGUACCUACAAGGAUGAAGAGGUGGAAGGGUUUGUCGUUCGUUCUGGGAACAACUUCUUCUUCAAGUACAAGUUUGAGGAGCCCUACUUACUCUACCGCCAGCUUCGCGAGGUGACGUCUAAGCUUAUUGCCACAGGUCUGCCUAACGAUAUCAAGGUGAAAAAGCACCAGGAUAUCACGAGGCAGUACUUGGAAUUUGUUGACGACUUGUUCGCCAAAGAGCCUCAGUUAAAGCAGAGGUUUAUCGAUAAAGUGGGCGUGAUUGAAGUGCGCCAGCGGUUUCUCGCCCUGCGCAACGAAGUGCACGGUAUCGACUUAUUGAACCACAUGGAACUGCUUGAGAUUGAGCGAGGUCCGCCCAAGUUGGUGCUUGUGCCCGUGGCUACGAUCGGUGUGGGGAAAACGCUGGUGUUUCUGAUAUUGGCCUCGGUGUACGGGUGGCCCCACAUCCAAAACGACAACAUUCUGUCGCUGGCGAAGAAGAAGCUUGUUGAUCGGACGCUCAUGGCGCUCAAGCUGGCGCCGGCGGCGCUUAUGGACCGCAACAACUCGCUGGCACGGGAGCGCAAGCAGAUCUUCGACGACUUGACGGCUAAGCGCAGCAAGUACUUGGACGUUAGCGACUCCAUCAGCUGUGUGGGGAUUGAUUUCAUUGGUGGUACUGAUGAUGCCACCAUGGAUCAACUCUGGCAAAUUACCUGGCCCCGAGUGAAGGCUAGAGGUGACAACCACCAGACGUUGAAGCUGGAUCUGGACCCCACCACGGUGGAGCGAGUGAUGAAAGGUUUCAUUGGCCGAUACCAACCUUUAGACCCUAAUAAUUCUCCCGAUGACGAGUUUGACCAUUGCAUCAAUUUAGAGCUUCGGCCCGAGUCGCUGGUGGCUAACGCGGUGUAUAUCGCUCGCCAAUUGCACCAGUGGUACCCUGAAAUUGUCACUGAGAUUCCCCCCGUGGCUACCUUCCACAAAGCAUUUGACGAUGCUCGCAAUGCCAAAGUGACUAUCACUAAGAGCAUGGCACUGCAACAGCUGGUGGCUUACUACGGGAUUAAGAUUGACCACGACGCCUUAGUCAAACUUGUGGCUACUACUUUGAAUGGCCAUCAUCAGUGGCAACACUACACAGCUAACCAGCGAGUCCAGGAUGAGUUCCACAUCACUUUAGCUCACGGCGCUCUGGCUCGAGACCCUAAUAAUAAGGCUAAGUGGGCUCAGUUGAAGCACGACUUCCCGCUGAAAUACGAACACCAGCCGCGGAACGACCUCCCCUACGCGUUUGACGUCCAAGUGCAAUCGGUCAUCGUGCUGGACCGUGUGAUCUGUGUCGAAGUGGCCGUGAGCGACCCCAUCCCUGAAGUGGGAGCCCCCAUGCCCCCGCUACCGAUCCCCGUGCUUAAUACCCAUCUCCACAUCACGGUGGGCACGGCUGACGCGCUGAUCCGUCCGUUUGAGCUGAACCAACUCCUUCUGGCCAUCGAUAGAGGGGAGUCGGUGGACUACCAGCGAGUGCCCGUCCAAGCCUCGUUAGCCCACCAGCGGAUGUUUGCCUCAUUCGUCUAG